AAGUUAUUAUACUUUACAGCUGGGUUUGGAGCUAAUACAUCUACAGGUGGAAGCAGCCUGUUUGGUCAGCUUACAGCCCAGGAAUCUACCGGAGGCAGUCUGUUUGGUCAGCUUACAGCCCAGGAAUCUACCGGAGGCAGCCAGUUUGGUCAGCCUUCAGCCCAGGCAUCUACCGGAGGUCUGUUUGGUCAGACGUUUGGUGCCGCAACCACCACCACCCAAAGUGGGUUUGGAUUUGAAACUUACACCAGUACAGGAGCUGGUGGGCUCUUUGACCAGGCUCAAAAGGAUAAGCCAUCAUUUGGUACGACAACAACUACACAACCAACAACAGGGACUACCACAUCUGGUCAACCGGCUGCAACAGGGACAGGAUUUGAUGGAUUUCAGACAUCUCAAACGUGUACAAGAGAAGAAAGUGGUUUAAAUAUACCGUCAAAAAAUGAUUUACAGACAUUAAUCAAUGUCUUGGGUAUCAACUGGAUAUUAUUGUACUUGACGAUUGCUACAGACAACAACAGCAAGAAGAUUGAAGUACCUGAGAAGGAGGCAAUGAGACAUGUUAUUAAACACUUUGCAGCUGCAAGGGAGAAACUGAAGGGGAAUGAAAGAUCACCAUUUGAUUUUACUCUUAGGGACUUAGUUUCUCGUUUGAAUAACCUGGUUGAUAUCCACUGGCUAUGUGUGGUUAACAGUUUGUUAAAUGAGAAACUCAAAGAAAAGGAAGAUGAUGUUUACAAAGUCAUGUCAUCCAUUUUCAAAAAGUUUCAAGAUUUUGACACCUUCUGGUCUGCUCUGUCAAUGCCACAUAAUGAUUGUGAAGAUGACAGAUUUCAAGCAAAUGAUCUUAUCAGCAAUGAGCUGAAGGAACUUAGAGAUGACAUUAAUAAUGUAUCUGAGCUUCCAGAAACAUUAAAAGAAGACAAAAAGUUCUUUUCCUUCCUUAAAAAACAAAAUUUAGUAAGCUAUGCCAAAUCUUUAAAUUUUAAGCAAUAUUGCCGUAAAUUUCUAAUGUUAAGUAAGAUUAAUGUUGACAUACGUGAAUGGGAAAAGUAUAUCAACAAAAUUGGUAUUACUGCAGUUAGAAGAAAGAAAUCUGUAGAUUACUUUUGUGUUAAAUACAUGUAUUAUCUAGAUAAUAAGUAUUUAGUGGGGCGAAAGGUCAGAAGUGAAAAUGGUGGUGAGGGAAGUUUAGGAUAUGCAUUUUGUAAAGAUAAAAACAUUUAUCACAUAACAAGUUUGCAUAUUUUGGUCGAUGGAACAUUAUUCAAAAAAAUGAAUACAUCGCUAAACCAAGUUCUAGAUAUAGAAAAUCAAUGUAAAAUUGAAGGAAUUGGGAAUGCUGUCAUUAGAAAAGGGGUGUAUUCAAAAGGAGAUAGUCAGUCUGCUGGGGUAGAAAUUGUUUUAGUUGACACUAGUUCCGUUCUCUAUGUUCCAUCAAACAGUUCUUCUGAUCCUACUGCCCAUCAUACUGUUCCUGUUCCUCCACGACAAACAAAAAGUAAGGGUUCAGUCCACCCUCUGUUUGAUAAAUCUGUGGGUGCCACAGGUUCAGGCUUACCUCAGUUUGAUACACCUGUGACGGGUGCCACAGGUUCAGACUUGCCUCAGUUUGAUACAAUUAAAAUGGGUAGUACAAGGCCAGCUUCUUUUGAUACUGAUUCUAAUAUAGAAGGUACAUAUCUAUAUACACCUGUAAUAGAUGGUAGUAUCUUUCCUCCUAUUGGUCAACGAUAUUAUCAAUUGAAAUGUCAUGACCUUCCGAAUCGUUUGUAUUUCGAAGGGAAUAAAAUGGUAGGUAAUGUAAUAGAUUUAGAAGUAUACAUUCUUGGAGCAGUAACUGGUCUAGUUAAGGGAAAAAUAAUACAAACGGGUUGCACUUUUGAAUUCUAUAAUCUUUCAGUAGACAAAAAGAAAACAUUUUUUGAUACUUUAAAAUUUAUUUUUACUAAAUCUGAACAACAAAAGCCUACUAAAUCUGAACCACCAAAGCCAGUAUCCCUUAAAAACCAGUACAAGGUUGAAUGGGAUCCUCUUGGUUUUCCUUUUUCAAAAGAGGGGGAUUCUGGGGCUGCUGUGUUUCAUGUUAACAAAGAAACAGGCGAAUUGACUGCAGUGGGUAUUCUUACAGGUAAUAAUGCAACCUUAGGAGUCUCUUAUGUUACACCAAUAAAGGAUAUUCUUCAUAUUCUUCAGGCUAAUGGUCUGAACUAUGAAUUAGGCCAUUUUAAAUUAUGUCUUGGAGAGCAGGAUAAAGAUGUGCAACAAAAACUGUAUUCUGACUUGUGUAGGGAAGUAGACAUGGUCUGAGAAGCUGAAUGUACUCAAUUUUUUAUCUGUAAUAUUUUACAUACUAAUUUUUAGACAUACAGUUUCUGUUUCUGAAAGAUCUGGUCAUUUUCUUAUGAUUAUGAAUCUUUUUUGUAGAAUAUCACCUAGUUAAAAAAAAUUGCCAUCCUGUUUUAAUAAUUUUAAUUCAAGUGAAAAAGCCAGAAAAUAACUAAAUUGUAUAUCAUAUAUGAUAAACUUUUGAUUGAUGUUGGUGAAAUUGUUUUGUAAUGACAAAAGUUAUGUAAAAGAUACUGAUACGGCUGUGUGAAUUGAAAGAGAAAUCUUUUUCUAUUUAUAUUUGCAUAUACUUUAUAAUUUCCAUUGUGUUUUCAUUAUUCUUAUAUUUUUGCUCUACAUUUUGAGGCCCUUGAAGGAUAUUUCAUUUUACAUUUGUACUUUGGCCAAAUGUUCAUCCAACUGAAACACAAUGCUACACCAAGAUUUGAGAUGUCCAACUUUUAGGUCAAUGUCAAAGGUUAAAGGUUUAAACCAUUAAAUUUUGUUUCUGCUGUACAUCUUUUUGAAUUAUUAAUACAAUAUAAUUGAUAUAUGGGUUAAACAUUUAUCUUAUUGAAAUAAAUCAUGGGUUAAACCUCAUCAUUGGGGGUAUAGGGUCAAGGUCUGAAAAUAAAGGUCAAAGGUUUUAAAUUACAAGAAUAUGUUUGCUCUUAAAUUUUAGAUUUGCUAGAAAACUUCUAUAUAUUUGGUUUGAAUGUUUUUUUGUCAUGUAGAUGUCUUGAGAAAUAUUAAUACUUGGGUUGAUUAAUAAGUCCAUAUUCAGGUCAAGGUUAAAGCUCAAGAAUUUGAGCCAGAGAAUUUGUGUCUAUCAUGACUAUUGGGUAUGCAAUAGCCCAUUUCACCAGCCCUUCGUAAUUUAUCGGAAACAUUCGUAGACACGCAUCACGUGGGAGGUAAAGUGCUAAUAUGUUUGACCAAUGAAAUACUGGUUCUCGAGUGUACAUGUAUUGUUUACAUUUACGAUAUUCAGCGGCUGACGAGCGAGUGUUUAUUGAAUUAAAAAAUGCUUAUUCUUCUGGAAAACCCAUACAAACACUUUCAUUUUGGUGUACAGACAUAAUCCCCUUCAGUCAAAAUCCCUACUUUCAUUUUUUAAACUACUUUCUGAUGUCAAAAUUAAACAUUUCAUUAUCAGAAUCCAAUGGAUUAUCCUCCGCAUCGGUCUCAAAUGUAAGCUCAAAUACUGACGAUUUCUGAUAGGCUAAUAUUUAAAUAUUCUCGGGGAAUACCUUGAAAACAACCAAUGAUUUACGACGCUACAACGUGGCGACCGGGAAGUAAACAGGACAGGUGUAAAGUCGAUAUCGACUCGUUAUCGUGGCGUUAGGUAUAGGAGAGAAGUUAAAACUGAUGCAUUAAUAUCGUCAAUGAGUUAACUAUGCAGUAUAACGGCAUAUUUCUCGAAAUAUUUCAACUUUGUGACAAGAAUCCGCCAUGUAAAUUUUGUUUGUUUACUUUUAUGUUACUAUUAUUAGUAAUAUAUUGUACAUGCAUCCACCAGCAUUUGAUUGGUCAGUUGAUUAUUUGCUCGGAAUCUGAUCGUAGCACUUCGCUAAUUUACGUGAGAAAUCGUAGUGAAAUGGGCUAUUGUAAUUGGGCUGAUAUAAGCAUACUAUUGAAAGAAUACUAGUAUCAAGUUCCAGAUGAAUUGUUAAUGAGUACAAAUUGGAAUGUUUUACACUGCUUUACACAAAAAAUACAUUAUACUGGUUGUGCAGUACUAAAUAUCACCUGGUUGUACAGUACUAAAUAUUAGCACUAGGUUGUACAGUACUAAAUAAUUUCACCAGCUUAAAUAAUACUAAACAUUGGGAUAUUUUACACUCUGUUCUUUUGUAUAUUACAAAAAAAUGCAUUAUAAAAUGGUAUUUAAGGAACAUACUCUGUUCUUUUGUAUAUUACAAAAAAAUGCAUUAUAAAAUGGUAUUUAAGAAUCAUGCUCUGUUCUUUUGUAUAUUACAAAAAAAUGCAUUAUAAAAUGGUAUUUAAGAAACAUACUCUGUUCUUUUGUAUAUUACAAAAAAGAUGCAUUAUAAAAUGGUAUUUAAGAAUCAUACUCUGUUCUUUUGUAUAUUACAAAAUAUGCAUUAUAAAAUUGUAUUUAAGAAUCAUGCUCUGUUCUUUUGUAUAUUACAAAAAAAUGCAUUAUAAAAUGGUAUUUAAGAAACAUGCUCUGUUCUUUUGUAUAUUACAAAAAAAUGCAUUAUAAAAUGGUAUUUAAGAAACAUACUCUGUUCUUUUGUAUAUUACAAAAUAUGCAUUAUAAAAUUGUAUUUAAGAAACAUGCUCUGUUCUUUUGUUUAUUACAAAAAAAUGCAUUAUAAAAUUGUAUUUAAGAAACAUACUCUGUUCUUUUGUAUAUUACAAAAAAAAGCAUUAUAAAAUGGUAUUUAAGAAACAUACUCUGUUCUUUUGUAUAUUACAAAAAAUGCAUUAUAAAAUGGUAUUUUAGAUUCAUACUCUGUUCUUUUGUAUAUUACAAAAAAAUGCAUUAUAAAAUUGUAUUUAAGAAACAUACUCUGCUCUUCUGUAUAUUACAAAAAAAAAGCAUUAUAAAAUGGUAUUUUAGAAUCAUACUCUGUUCUUUUGUAUAUUACAAAAAAAAUGCAUUAUAAAAUUGUAUUUAAGAAACAUACUCUGCUCUUCUGUAUAUUACAAAAAAAAUGCAUUAUAAAAUGGUAUUUAAGAAACAUACUCUGUUCUUUUGUAUAUUACAAAAAAUGCAUUAUAAAAUGGUAUUUUAGAAUCAUACUCUGUUCUUUUGUUUAUUACAAAAAAAAUGCAUUAUAAAAUGGUAUUUAAGAAACAUACUCUGUUCUUUUGUUUAUUACAAAAAAUGCAUUAUAAAAUGGUAUUUAAGAAACAUACUCUGUUCUUUUGUAUAUUACAAAAUAUGCAUUAUAAAAUGUAUUUAAGAAUCAUACCUCCAGAUUCAUGUCAAUUCUCACAACAUUUUAAAAAUUGUUUACUUUGUGAAAAGCAAAAAUGGCAGCGAAUAUACCAAUGAUCUCGGCUGUUCUCUUAUGAUUAUUAUCAUUAUAUAUGUACAUUAUUUAAGAUAAUGAAACAUUUUUGAAGGAUAUUAAUUUAUACAUUCAUCACUCAAAAUCCAAUGAUGAAUAUUUUUUUACCUUUGGUUUUUCUUUUAGUGUUCUUGUGUUGUUGUUUUUUUGUUUGAAGAGUAAAUGUUUUUUGGUUUGUUUCUUUUUUGUAUGAAGAAUAAGUGAUUUUUGUAAA